AUGUUUGACGUCGACGAACUUCUUGGGCCGAGCGAUGGCAACAAAGACGAGGCUACAGAACUUCUCGACACAGGCGGAACGCUAUCAGAAUGCGCUGCUGAAAGUGCUACCGUCACAGAGAGCUUAAGCGCUGAGACACAGGACGAGAGUUUUGAACGUGAAGAACUGGAUUACGAUGAGGAUGAUGACGAGGAGCAUAAAGAAGAACGUACUGGACGUUUCACAUCGGAAAGGAGUCAGGCAAAUACGACGCCACCGACUACAAAUGUGAUAAGCAAAGUGGAAGGUCGACGUCAAGGCGUGGACAUUCGCGGUCAAUACCAAGGCCAAAAACCGUGGCAAAACAGUGGUGGACGCGGCGGAAGCAGUCGUGGUGUUCGUGGAAAUGGACCGCGUUUCGGUAGAGGUGGACCCAUGCACAAUGGUAGAAAUAUGCGAGGACCUAACGGACCACCUAGUCUGUUGGCGGUAGCAUCGAAUCCGCAAUCGCUUCUUACCCUGAAUACCCAAGGUGUUUUUGGACCACCACCAGGUGGAAAGAUCUUGAUCAAUCCGAAUUUUCGAGGACCGAUGGGACCACCUGUGCCGGGACCACUGGCCCCUCCAAGUGUUCUACCUCCAGUAGGAUCACGGCCUUCGAUCUUACCGUCCAUUGUUCCUGGACAAGCAGGUCCGAUCAUCCCACGUCUUCCUAAUGGUAUCCCGCUCACUGGACUUCCAUCGAAUCACGGAGCAGCAGGAUUCGGACCGCCAGUGCAGCAACCACCGCCAUCUAAUCGCCCACCUAUGCCACCACCAAUAAUACCUGGGAUGCCCACUAUUAUUAGCCGGCCAGCGCCAGUUAAGCAGUGGGAUCAAGCUGUUGAGGAAUUCCUGAGUGGUUCGACCUCGUCACGUCAAAGAAGUCCACGAAGGCGGCAUCGACGUAGUUCAUCCUACAGCAGCUACAGCAGUUAUAGCAGUCGAUCGAGGAGUGCUGGAAGUUCCCGAUCACGUUCGCCUCGUCGCCGCCGUGAAAACAGAGGCGGCAGCAGUAGCCGACCGCGUGUGCAAAGAGAUCGCAAUGUACGAGGUGGAGGUAACGUUAGAGGACGAGGAGGUCAGAACAGAAGGGAUAAUGCUCCCAGGCGAGAAAACAAGGAUUACAAACAGAUAUCAGUAGAGUGUGCCAAGGCUGUUGGACUCGAUAACGACUACCUUUCAAAGCUGGAAGAUCAACGACGAAAACGUGACGAAGUGCUCAGACGAAAGGAACAGCGUCGGUUUGGUGGUAAUCAGCAGGAGUCCUCUUCGAAUCAGAUCUCAAUGCGAUCAAAUGACCGAGACCGAGGAAGUAAUCGUCAGAAUCAGCAACGAGAUCGUCGCAUGAAUGAAGGCGGAUCGUCGAAUGAUUAUCGACGUGGUGGUAACAGCAGCUCAGCUCCUCAGUCUACAUCAAGACCAUCCACAGAAGCAGAAACUGCACUGAAGAAGAACAAAGCCUAUUUGUGCGUCAAUGUGAAGAAUAUAAAACAGCUCACAACAGCAAAAAUGCGUGUCGAAACCCUAGCAAAGGAUUUGGGAGAGAUUAGGAAGUGCUGGAAGUCGAAUGAGGACCAAGUGACUGUAAUAUUUGUCGAGCAUGCGAAGGCUAAGGAGUUCAUGUUGAAGUAUAAUAACAAGGUCCUAUCUGGGCUUCGUAUACAAGUCAGUUUGGAGAAGGCCUAUCUCAACUUGUCUGAAAUCCAAUAG